UUCUCUCCAUGCAAAGGAAGUCCCACUCCUCCUCUGAUUCCGGAUGGGCGGUUGGCCCCGCCUUCUCAUAGGCCCCGCCCCUAUGGCCAGGCGCUUAUUCCCGCUGGGACGUGGGGGCACUCUGCGGGUCCCUCGGGCCCUGGCUCAGGAUCAGUUUGAAUGAGCCUCGGCUAGCCGGCUGGGCGGGACGACUGCAAUGGCCCAAGCGAAAUCUAGACCUGGAUUUUCCGGCCACGGAGCCCAGGAUUCCAGAUCCGGGUACACUCAGCCUUCGAGGGUAAGCCCCUGGGGUUCCUUUAAACACCUCCCGGAGAAGUCCUGGAACCUAGCUCCAUUUGCUAGCGCCCCUAAACAUCCUAGAGUCUAAGAAAAGGGCAAACUGGAGCUGUAGAGGAUUUGGAUCCUCAACGUCAGAGUAAAGAGACGCCACCUCCAUCACGAGCUGCAGAGCCGCUCAGCCAAGCGGAUUCUGCUUCUCCCUGGGAUUGAUGGACGGCGCUGUGGACAGGGCUUUCGAACUCAGGAUGCUCUGAUUCUUGUCUCAGGUGGACAUGGCCUGCAGGGGCCACACUCGACCCAAGGGCCUGACCUGGGCCCUAGGACUGACCCUGGCUUGGAUCCUGCUGGGAGCCUGUGGAGGAAGCCGCCCACUCCCAGCUAUGUCCCGGAGACACCACAGGCUGGCAGCCGAUCUUGGCACAAGCCAGCUGCACCUUGCAGAGAUGGACACACCAGAGGCAUUGGACCCUGGGAUGGCCCCAGAACGCUGUGGGGACCCGAGCCCCGGGUGCGAAUCCUUUCUGGGACACCUCCAAGUUGCCCUCCACAGUCGCUUCCGCCUGCUGUUACUGGGGAUACGCCAGGCGCAGCCGCUCUGUUCCGAGCUCUGCGAUGUCUGGUUUGCCACAUGUGAAAGCGAUAUUACCUGCGGCCCGACUUGGCUCCCAAUCCUAGAAAAGAGGGGCUGUGAGCCUGGCUGCCCUACCUAUGAGCAGACCUUCGCUGACGGGGCGGAACUUUGCCGCUCGGUUCUGGGCUACGCGAUGCCGGUGGCAGCUCCUGGCGCCGGUCACUGCCUCAACAUUUCCACCUCGGUACUGCCGGGUUCCAGACAGGAAGGGAAGGCCCGAGAAAUCACCUUCCUGCGUGCCCGCCGCUCACGCACCUGGAUCCUGGAUGCCGCGGGCAGCGGGAGUGGCAGUGGAAGCGGCAGCGGCCCCUAGGGAGCGCUGGGCCUUGGUUGGGAGAUGGGAGUCCCUUCCCCUGACCCGGCCCCUCAAGAUACCCAAAGCUCCACCUCUCUCCCGCUCUGCCUUCUAGUUUCCAGAGCCCUGUCUCUCCUUCCUGGAGUCCCAGACACUCGCCCUUCUCCAGGUGACUAGACAAAGAAUCCAACUCUAGCUCAUCUUCCCCUCUCCUCCCUGAAUAAAGUCUCCA